AGAUUAUAAACAAGCUUGAAGGUUGAUCAGUGGGUUUCUGUGUACUUGAUUUUACGCCUUACCUUUAGCUGUACAAAAAUGAUGACUCCGACACCCGCUAAAUUAAACAUCUCGUCGUUUAUGUCACAUUGUUUAUUGGCAUUUGCUCUACGAUUAGUAUUGAUACUGUACGCCAAUUUUCACGACGAGUAUCUGGCAGUACCGUACACAGAUGUGGACUAUAAAGUAUUUACUGACGCUGCUAGGCAUGUGGUAGAACAGAGAUCACCGUUUGAUCGUCAUACUUACCGCUAUUCGCCAUUUCUAGCCUGGCUCUUGACCCCAAAUAUCACACUACAUAAGGACUUUGGAAAGAUCUUGUUUUCUGUUGUAGAUAUACUAAUUGCGGUCCUAAUUAAAAAUAUUAUUGCGCGACAGAGAUGUAAUGAGAUUGUGAAAUAUUACUGUGCGCUCCUAUGGCUUUAUAAUCCGUUAACAUUAGUGAUCUCAACAAGAGGUAACGCAGAUUCAUUGGCAGUUCUUUUAGUCGCACUUACAUUGGAUUUGUUACAGAGAGACAAAAUUGUAUUGGCUGGAUUAUUACAUGGGAUAUCUGUACAUUUUAGAUUGUAUCCAUUGAUGUUCAGUUUGCCUAUGUUUUUAUCUUUAUGUAAAGGUAAUCGUUUCCUGCCGAAUGGGGAUCAAUGGAAACUUGUGCUGAGUUGCGUAUUCUCAAUCGUUACAUUGACAGUCACGGGUUAUCGCCUGUAUGGCUUUAAAUUUUUGUACGAGAGUUUUAUAUAUCAUUUAGUACGUAAAGACACACGGCAUAAUUUUUCCGUGUAUUUUUACAUGUUCUAUUUAUCUGCUAAUCAACCACAGGAUAUAAUUCAGAAGAUCCUUACAUUUUUGCCGCAAUUAUUAUUGUUGUUGAUGUCGUCAUAUUAUUAUUCGGAAAAAUCCAAGUUACCAUUUGCUAUGUUUGUCCAGGCAAUGAUCGCCGUGAUAUAUAAUCCGGUAAUAACUUCCCAGUAUUUCUUCUGGUUUCUGUCUCUGUUACCUCUGUGUUUACCAAAUAUCGAAAUGAAUCUGCGUAGGGGAAUAUGUUUAGCGUGUUCUUGGAUCUUAAGCCAAACUAUUUGGCUGCUAACAGCUUAUUUACUAGAAUUCCAAAGUUUUAAUUCAUUUUUCUUUCUUUGGAUAUCUGGUCUUCUAUUUUUUGCUGUUAACGUAAAAGUUUUAGUAGAUAUUAUUUAUCAUUAUAAAAGUUAGUUAUAAUUAUGUAAC